AUGCCUUUGAAUGAAAAGGAAAUGAAGGAGUGCAGCAAGCGCUCUCUGACGGAAUGUGUCGUGGAGCGCGAGUCACACUCGGUCGCCGGCGCGCUUGCGGUGUGGUGUUGCGUCCGCAGAUUUGUCCUGGAGCCCCUGCUGGAAGUGCCCCCGCCAGCGCAGACCAUGAUGGUGCUGGUGGACUCUCUGGACGUGGGCUGCGAGGGCCCCCGAAGGAGCGGCUCCAUCGCAGAGCUUUUGGGGGCCCACCAGAAGCUCAUGCCGGGCUGGAUUCUCCUGGUCUGCUCUGUCCGGUGCCGCAACAAGACCGUGCGCAGGAUGUUCUCGGGUUUUCAUAAACUGCGGCUGGACGACCCGCGUCGGCCGGACACGGUCCGCGAUGCGCAGCAGUACAUCCUGAAGCGUUUGGACCGGGAGGCGGCGCUUCGGCGCCACAUCACCUCGGACACGGCAGACAUGCUGAAUCUGCUCCACAUCAAGAGCGGCGGCUGCUUCCUGUUCCUGGAGCGAGUCCUGGACGGCGUGGCCGCCUCCCUCGUGGGUCUCCGUGAGAUCCGGGACAUUCCGGGGACCCUGAACGGCCUUUACCUCUGGCUGUGCCAAAGACUCUUCCCCCGGAGACUCUUUGGCGACGUCAAGCCUCUGCUUAACGUCAUCCUGGCGGCCCCGGCCCCUCUCCCGACUCAGGAUCUGUUUACGGCACUGUGGACGCACGACAAUGGACUCAGCGUCCAGGAAUUCCGGAAGAGGCUCAGCACCCUGGCACCCCUCCUGGCGGACGGUCCGGGGGGCAGCAAACUGCUUUUCCACGGCAGCUUUGCGGAGUGGCUGACGGACAUUAAGCACUGUACUCCGAAGUACUUGUGCAGCCGAGCCGAGGGGCACGGCAUGCUGGCCAUGGCUCUGACGCUCAGGGGACGCCUGCUCGACUCGGAGGAGGCGGUCCAGCUCGGGACGCAUUUAGUCUGCUCCGGUCACCAUCGGGACCGGCUGUGGCUUCUGGCCCUGUGGAUGAUAUGGGCCGACGUGCCCGCUCUGACUGGUACUGCCGGCGCUUCCCUGGCCGCUUUGGUGACACAAGCCCCGACCUCGACCCACCGGAACGUCUUUCAGCUCUUGAAAAUGAGCGGACUCGUCCGUGUAGACCCAAGUCUCGGAGUGCAAUGCGCAGGUCCCGCGGGAGCUAAUGAACUCCUUAAGUCGAUGAACCGCUCGAGUUGGACAGAUCUGCAGACGUCGCUUUCCGGCGCGGCCUCGGAGGGGUCCGCAAACCUGGUUCGGCUGCUCCUGGCUCGCGGAUCUGAUCCGCUCCGAAGCGAUCAGCAGCGUGAAACUGCGCUCACCGUCGCCUCCAGACGGUGUCAUCGGGACGUGCUGCGAGCUCUGCUGGAUUGGGUGCGGGUCCGGGACGCGCGGACCGCCGCCGCGAUGCUGGAGCACGCCGACAACGAUGGCUGGACCGCUCUCCGGUCCGCGGCCCGGGGGGGGCACGGCGAAGCGGUCAGGCUUCUGCUGGACGCGGGGGCGGACGUGGACGGGUGCGAUGCGGAGGGCCGCACCGCACUCAGGGCCGCGGCCUGGGGAGGUCACGAGGAGACGGUCCUCAUCCUCCUCGACUACGGGGCUCAGGUGAACAAGGCCGACCGCAAAGGCCGCACCCCGCUGAUUGCCGCCGCCUACAUGGGACACCGCGAAGUGGUGGAGGUGCUGCUGGACCACAAGGCCCGAGUGGACUUGGCCGACCGGGACGGGCGCACGGCUCUGUCGGUCGCCGCCCUCUGCGUUCCCGCAGCAGCGGGACGCCGAGGUUCGGGCAAGGUCGCAAGCCUUUUACUGGAGCGAGGCGCCAACCCGGGCCACAGAGACACCGACGGGAUGACUCCGCUGCUCCUCGCAGCCUACGAGGGCCACGACGACGGCCACGACGACGUGGCGGAGCUUCUGCUGGACGCCGGCGCCGACGUCGACGAGACCGCGGGCCCCGCGGGGGACGCGCCCGCUUCCGCGGCGGUGACCCCCCUGCUGGCCGCCGCCGCCAUGGGCCACAUGAAGGUCGUGUCGCAGCUUCUCUUCUGGGGGGCCGCCGUGGAUGCCAUCGAUGGCGAGGGCAGGACGGCGCUCAGCCUGGCGGCGGCGCAGGGGAGCGUCGAGGUCGUCCGCGCGCUCCUCGACCGGGGGCUGGACGAGAACCACAAGGACGACUUGGGCUGGACCCCGUUGCACGCCGCGGCCUGCGAAGGCCACCGAGCGGUCUGCGCCGCCCUAACGGAGCGAGGUAGCGCGGCGCGGGUCGGCGAGAUGGAUAUCGAAGGCCGUACGGCGCUGAUUCUGGCCGCCCAGGAGGGACACAUCGGCGCCGCCAGAUUGUUGCUGGACCGCCGCUCGCCCAUUGACCACAGGGCCUACGACGGACACUCGGCCUUGAGCGCCGCCCUUCUGGAGGGGCACGGCGAGGUGGCCGAGCUCCUGAUGAGACGAGGUGCCGACACCGACGUCCGGGACGCGGAGGGGCGACCGCUGCUCUACCUCCUGGUGCUGGAGGGCCGGCUCCACAUGUCGACUCUGCUCCUCGAGAAAGGGGGGCCGCCUCUAGAAUCCCGAGAUCCCGAGGGUCGCACUGCCCUGCACGUGGCCUCUUGGCGGGGACACGUGGAUGCGGUGGACUUGCUCUUGAAGCACGGGGCCGACCCCAAUGCUCAGGAUGUUGAGGGGAGGCCGCCCUUGCAUUCUGCGGCCUGGACGGGGCGCGUCGACGUGGGGCGCCGUCUCCUGCUCGCAAGCACCGUCGACAUCAAUCUGGCUUGCCACCAAGGGGCGACGGCUCUGAGCGUCGCCGCCCAGCAGGGACGCGCCGACGUGGUCGCCCUCCUCCUGGAGGGAGGCGCCGACCCCAACCACGUCGACAAACACGGCCGCACCCCUGUGAAAGUGGCGCGGAGGCACGGGCGCGCCGAGGCGGUCCGGCUCCUGGAGAGCUCCGGGGCCGAGCCGCGCCGCGGCGCGGUGCCCGGAGGGGGCGCGGCUUCACCCGCCAAUAAGAUGUUCUCCGGACCGGACGCCGCGACGUCCUCGUCGUCGCGGUCUUCCGCGGGUUCCGCCUCAGGAGGUUCCCGGUCGUCGUCCACCGGGCGCUCCCUGCAGACGGUCCCGGCCGACACCCUCGACUUCGUCCGGCAAAUUCAGCAGCACUCGUUACCCCGAAGCCGGGGUCGCCCUCCGACCCUAUCUUCACCCGUCGGGGGCUCAGGAAGCCCUCCGCCGACCCUUUGCACCAUCACGGCUGCGGUUCACAACGGUGAGCCGCCGGUCAUCUCCUCGUCUUGCGGAUUGGACCAUCAGAGCAAAAUGAACCCCAAAAACUUGGAGAGGGCAAGUGCGGAAUUCAGGACUCCUGAAACCAAUCGAGCACCCCCGUCCAGGAUGCAGAGUCCCCACCAGAGGGAAAUUUGGGACCCUCCGGCCAAGCGCAACUCUGCAUUGCCCUCCGGGGCCAGGGAGAUCUCCAUGCAAACCUCGGACCCCCAGCUCCACCUGAAGCAGGCCAUCAAGCUGCGGUUUGAGGGUCCCACCAGCAUUUCCUUUAACAAGAGAGAGACCCCGCUGUGAGCCCCUCCCCGAGACCUCGUCACACGGAUUGAACUGUCAGGACUCAUCAUCGAGGCAGGACCCCGAUCUGCAGUGCGCGGGAGAGCGGGGACGGCCCCAUGGCAGGUGCUCAGCUCACAGGGACACUUCUGGUCUGCAAAUGAAGCCAAGUGUCAUAAAAGUUGACCAUGACCUGAACGUUUGGGGACUAUUUUGUGGUGAGCAGUGCUCAUUCGCGCGCACGCACGCGGUCGGGCCUUAUUUAUGACUCCAACACUGAGAAUUGGGUCCAAGUUCGUGUUCAAUAAAACAAUGAACUUCCUGA